AUGCAUGCUCGACCAUACUCUUCAUCAGAAAAGGUCACUACAUCUGCAGUGUUGAGCCUCUGCCCGCCACUGCAUCCCCGUAUCGUCAGGUAUCCCUGGCAUCGUCUCUUGAGCUCGGUCACCAACGAGUCUGGUACAUCAAGCUUGCCAGCGACCAGCACAAAACUUGCUCGACAACUGCACCACAACGCCAAACACAUUCUUUAUCGCGUGAAUCUCCCAGAGCGUUUCGAAACGCCCUACUCAACACUCACCGACCACUUCAAGUCGAACACUGCAAGCCUGGUCCACAUUCUCCUCACCCUUCUAUCUCUACAAGUCAGCCACUCCACGCCUUGCAAUACUCAACAGGUUUUACGCCGUCAUCGAUGGGAAGCAACCACCUCACACCUGCUCUACCAACGUCAAUACCUCGAUCAUCUUUCUGCUGCUAGUACCGUCGCCUUUCCAGUUUACGACGUCUCCAGACGUAUCGAGACAUGCCUCGCCAUGUUCUCCUUCCUCUCUCUGGAUUCGUAUCAACUGGCUUCCGUCAGUCAUCCUCACUCUUCAUUGCACGACGCCAUCAUGCUUCUCAAGUUCGACAGCAAGAGUAGGGCCUUGUCAAGUACUUCGAGCAGACAAUCCUCACUAGAGACCUAUUGGACGCGGCCUGAAGCGGUAUAA